UUGAUGAUGACACAGAAAAGUUGGAAAGUAGUCUCUGCGGCACAAUAACUGACCAAAUGUGCAACAAGGGGUGACGAGUAUCUUGAAAUUGCUGUAGAAAAGGUAAUUUGGUUAGAAUUGCUACAUCUACGCUGCAGUUGUUACAUUUUGCUUCAGCAAGGACCGUGAUAGCAAAUAAAUGAUACAUUAUUACCAUAAUGUAUAUUCCAAUACUUCCGCCUUGGUCAGCGUGAUUGUGGACCACGUGACUAAACACGGACUAAACAUCAUUUCAACAAAGCAAAUCCAACAGCUUAUGAUGUCGGGGUGGCACCUGUCAUUGAAGCUGGUGGAUCAGCCCAAAUCCACCUUCCACUUCCCCGAGACUAUGCCUGGAGACGUGUCUCCCGGCGGGUACCGAGUCUCUACUCUGAAACAACUCGUUUCGGCACAGCUCCCGGAUUCCCUACCGGACCCCGAACUCAUAGAGCUGGUACACUGUGGUCGCAAGUUGAAGGAUGACCUGUCUUUAGACUCCUGUGGGAUCCAGCCUGGAUCCACCCUGCACAUCCUCAAAAGGACCUGGCCUGAACCAGACAUCAAUCCAGAGCCAGUGAACAGGACGACUGCAGCCAGGGAGUUCCGUGUGCUGCAGGCAGCCCUCCACUCCAACUCCACCUACAGAGACUCGGUGUUUAAGAUGCUGACUAAUAAGGAGUCUCUAGAUCAGAUCAUUGUGGCCACGCCAGGGCUUAGAUCUGACCCGGUAGCGCUAGGAGUGCUCCAAGACAAAGAUCUAUUUGUGCAAUUCACAGACCCUAACAUGCUGGAUGUGUUGAUCAGUUCUCACCCAGCCCUGGUCAAUGCCAUCAUCCUGGUCCUCCACUCAGUGGCUGGCAGCAUGCCUGCUCAGUCCAGCGCCGGCUCCUCCCGCAACGUCUCCUCCAGCUCCUACAGUGACAUGCCAGGAGGGUUUAUGUUUGAGGGCAUGUCUGAUGACGAUGAAGAUUUCCAAUUGAGCAAUCAGGCAGGACCAUCCAACCGAACCGGGGGCCCAGCAGGAAUGCGGCCAGUGUCCCUUGGCCAUAGUGGAGCUACAGGCCCUCGACCCAUAACACAGAGUGAGCUGGCCACUGCCCUGGCCCUGGCCAGUACUCCUGAGAGCAGUGCUGUUACUCCCACUGCAGGGGCGCAGGACACCUCAUCUGGAGUGCCUCCCACGCCAGCAGGGACUCCUGUCAGCAAUGACCUUUUCAGCCAGGCACUGCAGCAGGCUCUGCAGGCCUCCAGCAUGUCCUCUCUGCAGGGGCGUUGGCAGUCCCAGCUGCAGCAGCUGAGAGACAUGGGGAUCCAGGAUGAGGAGCUGAUGUUACGGGCGCUCCAGGCUACAGAGGGGGACAUCCAGUCAGCUCUGGAGCUCAUCUUCGCUGGAGGGCCAGGACUCUGAGCCAAGCCAGGGCCCUGAGAGAGGAGAGUGCAUGGGGAAACGUCUCUACACAGACCCAAGCUGAUGCUCUGGUCAUUCUGCCAUUAGGCUGUGAUAUGAGAGAGAGGAGAGUGCAGGGGGAAACGUCUCUACACAGACCCAAGCUGAUGGCUCUGGUCAUUCUGCCAUUAGGCUGUGAUAUGGACACUUAUAUGGACACACUGCUUCAGACAUGAAGACCUCAUUACUACUCCUCUACCCUUUCAUACACAGCCUAAAUGGAACAACCUUUAAAUGAGUUAGUCAGAUUCAGGGGUAGAUAAGGUACAUGUUUAUCUUUAUUACAAGUCAAAAACAAAAAUAAUAAAUAUUUUGCCAGCCAUUUUUAAAGGAGGUUUGUUGCUAGCCCCUGAAGGCUUUAAACUCAUCGCUGUGUGAAUAUAUACAUAAUGAAAGAGGGUUGUGUUCUACCAGAAAUCUUCAUUUUGUUUCAGACACUAGCAUUGACUCAGAUCUGCUAUAAAAUAUGCCUUGGAAGAAAGCAGUGUUGAGAUUACCCCUAGAGUCUAAUUGUGAUUCAUACAGUUGUACACUAGGUGGCAAUGUCUAACCUCUUACUAUAGUUCCUUUGCGAUUCCAUUCAAUAGAGAAAUCAGGAGUAGAAAUUUGACAAAUAUGGCUAGCUGAUGUUUGAACUGAUUCUGAAACUGGUUCAGUUUGGCUGCCAGAUCAAUAAACACAUACAUAAUGUAAUAGUUGUUUGAGAGUAAAUGUAAAUACCAGUAUUAGACUAUUUUAGUGGUUUGAUUAAAAUAUAGGCUCAUCCAA